CCUGCGGCUUGGAAACCCAGCCAGGACCGACCUGACCUGGGUCCCCGUCAGCCCUCGGGAUCCGCUCGGUUUUGCUGCGGACCUGGCUCCCAGGCCGGCGUGGUUGGUGAACCCGCUAGCAUCCAGCAACCCGGAGUGCGAAUUCCUGGGGCGCGAGCGUGAACGUGCGCGUGGCUCUGGCCUUGCGCUUUCCGGGUAGCAGAGGUUCUCUCUCCCAGGCCGCCCCCUCCAGGAGGGCGCAGGAAAAGAAGCACCGGCGCAGCCACGGUCUCAGCCAACGUUUCACACCCUUUUCUCCCGGCCUGCGUGCCUAGAAGCUGGAGCUAGCCGGAGCCUACGGUGGGCCAGUAAACCUAAGGAUAACUAUAAGGGCGGUGAGCAACGACCCGAUGCAAAGGGUCCCUGUCUUUGAGCAUCGACGGCUGAUCUAUACUUGCCUGUGGUUUGGGGGAAGAGUGGAGCUGGAAUUUUCAAUUCCAAAUUAUGUGCAGAAUGCCCAGUUUUCUCCCCACUAGGGCGGAUCAGACGGUACAGAAAAGAGGACUCUGGUAAUUCUGGUUUUGCAUUUUGCAAGGUUUCUCCUCGAGCUUUACGUCAAACGUCGGAUAGGGAGGGAGUUGGGGUCCUGGCCAGCGCAGUGAGAGGAGAGGUUCUCUGAAAGCCUCGCGCGCCCCUGGCCAUGUUGCCUUUACUUCCCUCUGACUUAGCGUGGCCCUCCCAGGGUUCCCAGGGCUGGCCGGGGUUGUUCCCCACCCGCGCAUUCUCCCUCACCCCCAGCCAAACUCAACUGGCAAGGCUCCGCCGAGGCGAGACCUUUUGACUCCAGCUCCUUCCCUCCCGCCUCCGUCCCCCGCCCGAGGGUGGCCCUAGAGAGCCGGAUCUCGCCGGCCCGGCAGAGACCAUGGUGUUUCUCCCCGGAAAUGCUUCCGACAGCUCCAACUGCACCCACCCGCCGGCACCAGUGAACAUUUCCAAGGCCAUUCUGCUCGGGGUGAUCUUAGGGGGACUCAUCAUUUUCGGGGUGCUGGGGAACAUCCUAGUGAUCCUCUCCGUGGCCUGUCACCGGCAUCUGCACUCGGUCACUCACUAUUACAUCGUCAACCUGGCUGUGGCCGAUCUGCUGCUCACCUCCACGGUCCUGCCCUUCUCCGCCAUCUUCGAGAUCUUGGGCUACUGGGCCUUUGGCAGGGUCUUCUGCAAUAUCUGGGCGGCAGUGGACGUCCUGUGCUGCACUGCGUCCAUCAUGGGCCUCUGCAUCAUCUCCAUUGACCGCUACAUCGGCGUGAGCUACCCGCUGCGCUACCCGACCAUCGUCACCCAGAGGAGGGGCGUCAGGGCUCUGCUCUGCGUCUGGGCGCUUUCCCUGGUCAUCUCCAUCGGGCCCCUGUUUGGCUGGAGGCAGCCGGCCCCCGACGAUGAGACCAUCUGCCAGAUCAACGAGGAGCCCGGCUACGUGCUCUUCUCGGCGCUGGGUUCCUUCUACGUGCCGCUGGCCAUCAUCCUGGUCAUGUACUGCCGGGUCUACGUGGUGGCCAAGAGGGAGAGCAGGGGCCUCAAGUCCGGCCUCAAGACCGACAAGUCCGACUCGGAGCAAGUGACGCUUCGCAUCCACCGGAAAAAUGUCGCGGCCGGAGGCGGCGGAAUGAGCAGCGCCAAGAACAAGACGCACUUUUCGGUGAGGCUCCUCAAGUUUUCCCGGGAGAAGAAAGCGGCCAAAACGCUGGGCAUCGUGGUCGGCUGCUUCGUGCUCUGCUGGCUGCCCUUCUUCCUGGUGAUGCCCAUCGGGUCUUUCUUUCCUGAUUUCAAGCCCUCCGAAACAGUUUUUAAAAUAGUAUUUUGGCUUGGAUACCUAAACAGCUGCAUCAACCCGAUCAUCUAUCCAUGCUCCAGUCAGGAGUUCAAGAAAGCCUUCCAGAAUGUCUUGAGAAUCCAGUGUCUCCGCAGGAAGCAGUCUUCCAAGCACGCCCUGGGCUACACCCUGCACGCCCCCAGCCAGGCCCUGGAGGGGCAGCCGAAGGACAUGGUCCGCAUCCCCGUGGGGUCCGGGGAGACCUUCUAUAAGAUCUCCAAGACGGACGGGGUCUGUGAAUGGAAGUUUUUCUCUUCCAUGCCCCACGGAUCUGCCAGGAUUACAAUGCCCAAGGACCAAUCAGCCUGCACCACGGCUCGGGUGAGAAGUAAAAGCUUUUUGCAGGUCUGCUGCUGUGUGGGGCCCUCAGACCCCAGCCUUGGAGACAACCACCAAGUUCCAACCAUUAAGAUCCACACCAUCUCCCUCAGUGAGAAUGGAGAGGAAGUCUAGAGGACAGGAAAGGUCAGAGAAAAGGGGUGACCCUAGGCUCCCUCCCCACUUCCCACCCUUCCUGCAGGACGAGAGGGCACCAUCCAGCACAGGCCCAUCUGGGAACGGGGUGGGGGAGGAGACCCAACUCAUCAGGCAGCAGGUGGGUCUCCUGGAAGAGGCAGGAUGUCUCACCACCACCUGGUUCAAAGUGAGCCAGACGGCGUUUCCCCCAAGCUAACAUCUCUCGGUCACUUUCUGAAUCUGCUUUCCACGACUGACCCUUUCAACGAAAAACACCAUGGGAAACAGAAUUUCAUACACAAUCCAAAAGACUAUAAAUAUAGGGUUAUGACUUCAUCAUGAAUAUUUUGAGCACACACUCUAAGUUUGGAGCUAUUUCUUGAUGAAAGUGAGGGGAUUUUAUUUUCAGGCUAAACCUACUCACAGCCACAUUUGACAUUUAUGGAGACAGGGCCGAGAGAGCAAGGACUGUAAGAUGGCGGCCAAUACCCAAACACGUUCUUUUAGAGCGAGUUUUAAAACGCCAUCAUUUCUGAUACAACGAGUUUCUCAACUUGGGUGCAACUGGACAGUGAGAUUUACCCUUGGCUGCACUUUGGAUAUUGUUCCUUGUCCCCUAAAGGGACAUUCAUGUCUCAGAAUGAGACAGAGACACAUUCUGUGCCACUGGGCUUGGAGAAUGUGCAAAGAACCAAGCAGGAAAAGCAUACUUUUCCCAAGAGACAUGAGGCUCAGUUUUGCAAAUUAACUACUAAGGACAGAAAUCCUUCCAGAAGCUACCAGAUUAUAUGAAAGAAAGCCCCUUCUGCAACUUUUAAAGAUCAAGAAGUUGGGGUGGGUGCUCAUUUCCCCCUAAGGUAAAGAUUGCCAAAUUACUCCACAACAUUUUUGAUGUGGCCUAAAAAGACCUUUCUUGACAAAUCGCUUACCUUUUCCAGAACUCCAAUUUGAAAAUACAGAGCUCAUUCUCUUUUGACUUCCAUUUCUUUUUAUCUGCUUGCCAACUGCAUACUGAGGUGAGGUUUACCUGGGUUGUAUUGGAAUGAGCCCAAGGUCCAGGUAUAUCCUUCCUGAACUUUGAAAGACACUAAUGCUCAGCCUUGAACAUGGAAUGACUGAUGGCCAAAGAACUGCCCAGAGCAUGAGUUUGCAAACGUUUUUGACAAAAACCCAUCUAUCCUGGCAAAAGAUCCAGUAGCCUAUUCAAUUUCAUCUAUGCCUGCUUUCUGCAAGAACCUGGGGAACAUGCUAUUUUUCAAUUAUAUAAACACCCAAUUUUGACAAACCUUAAUAACUCAGAUGACUGCUAAUGACGGAGAUGGUAACCAUAUGUAAAAAUUCAAAUAUGCCUGUCAUUCCACAUUAAGAACUUAAAAAGUAGGAUUUAAGAAUUCCAGAGCAGGUUGAAGGGGAUGCAUAACCUUCCAGCAAGGCUGUGGCCCCAGUAUCUUUCUCUUCCUUCCUUGCCGCAAGGUGCUCAUUUCCUUAAAUCUUUCUCAAAGGCGACUCUCUUUCCACACUGCAACGGAUGGUGUACCUGCAUGUGGGUUGGGGUUUUUUGGUGGGGUGUGUUUGGAUUUUGAGUAGGACUGCUUCCUCAGUGUUAUUCUGCCUAGAGUCCUCUGAUUGUCCACAGGGACGGAUAUUUGGCCUUGUGUUCAGAACUUGGGUUCUGGCGCUUAGAAGUUGGCUGGAUUUUUAGACUCUCCUGUCCUCUCUGCAUGUCCCAUAAUGCUUCUACCAGAUGUGUCCUUCCUAUUCUCAAGGCAGGCAUUAGAGAGAACUGGAAUAUGCAGGCCUCACUGAUUUCUGCCUUGAUAGGAAAGAUAAGCUCUGUGGUCCAGAGAGCUUCUUUCAGAUUCUGAAUUUAGGGGGGAAAAAAAUUCACACUUGGCCCUGGUUUCCCCUGCAGAAAGGGUAUCCUCAUAGGUAAUCACUUUUCUUCAGCAAAAUGUCAUCCCAUGUUAGAGAUGAUCUUUUAAACACUUUUACAGAUAAAUCUAAAUUUUAGAUAUGGGAAAAAGAAGAGCACCCAAAAGUCAGCACACCACUUCCAAUCAAAGUAAACCACUAAGAAAUCUUUUGACCAUCACAUAAAAACCAUGGCAAUUGUAUCCAUGUAAAAUUGUCCGUAAAUAAUUGUCUGCUCCACUGUUCUCCAGCACCACUCUCUCUGCGGAGGCAAACUUUACAUGUUUUAUUUUUUUUUUCUUUUCCCAUAGCAUGAUAACUGGUAUAAACAUGCCAAGAAAUUGGUAAUGUCACCCAAAAGUUAGUAACAACGUGGAUUAAACAAUACACAAGUUAUGUUUUACUCAUCCACAAAAAUAUCUGUACUUUUAAGCAUGCCAAAAAUUAUCUAAAAUUGUUACAGCUAAACAAAUGAUUGUCAUAUUUAUACUCACAUGUUUACUGUUUCUAUUUGGAGUGGGAGGAAUUUACCCAGAGUAACAGUGAUUACAAUGUUUUCUCCAAUGUGUUAUAAAAAGCAUCUGCUCUGGGAUUGUCCCGACAUCACAAGAGUCGAUGUUGAUAUCGCAUGGGAGGGGCAAGAUGGGCCUUGAUUCAUAUUGCUCGGGUUGAAAGGGUCCUUGAAGUUCUUUAUUCAAAAAUUUCCCCAGACUAUUUGCAAGGGUUUCAGAAGAGCAUUUUACUCACCCUCCUUUUUCUUCUCAUUUGCUUCUGGGGCGAGACCUGCACAGGUCCUCAUACCCACACUUUAAAAUGUGGUUCCUUGGGAUUGACUGCAAAUUAACCUUGGCAAGUAGGCUACCAAAUCUCCAGUGCAGCCAAGAGCAGGUCAUCCUCAGAAAUUUGGUAUCCACAAUUCGAGAAGACCACACCACUUUUUUAGGGUUGAUUAUCUAGAAUGUUGUUCAGACCUUGCAAGAAGGGACAAGUAUACCAACUUGGGAGAAGAUGGGCACAUGAAAGAAUGCAGAAGAGGCUGCAUAGGCCAAGAAUGGAAAACACAGUCGUGGCCAGGACACCCACUGGGAGGUGUGUUGAAGUUAUUGAUUACCAGCCGCGGUUCAUAGGAACACUCCGGAAGUGUAUUUUUUUGAGAAAAAUGAACGUUAACAGAUCCAUUGCUUACUCUCACAUAUAUUCCAACUUUUUUCUUUUUAAUUUUAUUUGAGUUGGAGAAAAGGGAAGGGAUGAUAGGUUUUCCACCAUGAAUUUCAGAGAAUGUGUUGAGCAUGGGAAACUCAUGGAUGCCGCUGUGAGAGAAGGGUUCAGAGUGGUGAUUGCCAGGUUGCCAGAGACCCAGGCAAUCUGAGGCACCUUGGCAGCUGUGCCACUUGCUAGAUGGCAGCCCCCUGCCUCUGGAUUUUCUUUCCCAUAUGAAAGCGGCACAUCGCAAUCAUCUUGGUCUCUCCUCUCUUCAAUGUGCACCAUCACGCAGAUCUUCUAGCUUCAGUGGGUCUCUUGUUCAUGGCCUGCGGGUGAGAACAUUUAGGGGAACUAUUUGCUUGGGCAAGUAAUUAUUCAUCCUUUAAUGACAGCUACUUAGUCACAGCUGGACAAACAUUCUCAGUUCCUUCUGGGGCGAGAUCUGCACAGGUCCUCCUGCCAAAAAAGACGCUGCCUCUCUAUGUGAACAUUUGUUGAUGCAUUUAAGGACAAGAGCUCUGCUCAUCAACAAAGGGGGGAGGGGUGGCAAUUAAGGGGAAGUCAAGCAGGUGGAAGGCAAAUCUCCUAGAAUAAGCCAGGGAAGGCAGAGGUGGCAGAGGUGGCACACAUGGAGACAUCAGAGCUACACUCACUCGACCCUCUGAUCUCUUUUACACUACUAGGACUUUUAACCAUGAAACCACCUGUACACAGCUCCCGCCGAGCCCAGUUGGAACACUGUUGCGCCUGCUCCGUGUCUACAAACUAAGCUGUGGAGCAGGGCUGAGUCCACCAUCUUCCAAAAGCAAUGGCAGCAGUGGCCUCUGGCCCUUCAAAGUCCCUGCAAGAUGAGUGAGUGGAAAUGACUGUCACCCAGCUGAGCCAGGAAAACAAGUUAGGAUGUCAGCGGAGGACCCUUGCCGGGGUUGCCAUCAACACAAUCUUAUUUUUGAUCCCCAGACCCAAAUGUCAUGUGGGUGGACUGGGAAUCGCUGCAUCUGCUCUGGGUAGGACAAUGUCAUUUCUUCUUCGCCACUGCAGCCGGAUUAUGGGUUCUCCCACCUGCAGGGAAGGCUGCGGGGUGGCAGGGGGCUGAGGGGCAGGGCAUUUAGUGGUGUUUUGCUGCAGCUAAGAAGCAAGGAACUGCCGUUAGGCUGGAAGCUUGCUCAUUUCAAGAGGCAAAAUGAUUCCUUUUCCUUUUCCUGUGGCUCAGGAGUUACUACAUUAUCUCCUUCCAUAUCAUGUCAGGGUGGACAUGUUAUAAUCUGGAAAUAAUUUUGGCCAGACUAGGAAAGCUACAGACUUCAUUAGAUAAAAAAAA